CGGUCGCAGUUUUGAAUCCAGAGCAUCCUUUAGUCUCUCCAAGAUGAUGUGGCCUAAUAUUUUGCUUCCUGCGGGUGGACAGGAGUGUGAUUCCAAGCUAGUUCUUGCAAACACUGCGGUCUCCCUUCUUCGGGAGUUUGACAAGGUAACCCUUCUUCCAAUCACCAGGUACCUUUACUUCCUUACUUGUAAACCUUCUACAAUAGUGAUGUGAGCAUGUCCGCUGUCGUCUCUGCGUCUGCUCUCAGUGCAUCUGACGAACUGCAGGUGGUGGUCGAUUCAAGAGCUUCUUGAAGUGGUCAGCCCAUUGUUUCCUCUGUUUCUCUUCUUUCGUAACUAGAUUUCCUUCAUCAUCUUUUAUUGGUUUCGUCUGUGUUGAUCUCUUCCUCCCAGAUAGCAACCUGGCUAUUUGAUACAAUGUUGUCAGGUCUCUAUCUCUCCUACCUGCAGCCUGUUCUGCUUCACUUUCCAGUGUUUCGUAGAAGUUUCUUUUGUCUUUCCACGCACUCUUCCUCACUUCUUUGUCCAGUUUUUUAUACAUUGUACUCAGAUCCUCUUCUCGUUGUUCAUCCUUGCACUGGUUCAUCUUCUGCUUCACCAUCCUCCUCUCCCUCCUCUAUCAGCUUCCAUGUGUCCAUCGAGAUCCAUUCCUUAUCUUCUUUCUUCUUCCUUCCUAAUACGGUUAUACAGGAUUCUUUCCUCAUAGCUUUCAAAGACUUCCAGUGUUCUUCCACAUAGGUUUCUUCAGGGAUGUUACUCGAU